AUGUUUCCGAAAUUCAUACAGAAAAUUAUGAGCUAUUUUUGCAGCUUGCCAAUUGCUCAAGGAGUUUGCACUUUAGACAUCGGUUUUAUCGAUGGCACGGAGAAAAUGUUUAACAGGACCCGAGUCGGCACUUACCUGUGCCAUAUGCCAGCCGCUACCUCAUCGAAGAACAUUCUGCACUGGAUUCAGGUCGAAUUUUGUAUCAAAAAUUGA